GUACCACCAGCAUCCCCCCAGCCACUUCGUCCUCUGCCCAACGCAUCCCGACCCGCGACCCCUCCAAGCUGCACUUGGCUCCACUCCGCUCAGUUCGCUUCGGUUCCCGCUCCAGACCAUGGACCAGUUUUGGUGGCGCGCCGCGUGGGGACUCUGCCUCGUGCAUCUGAGCCUGGCACAGAUCGAACUGAACGUCACCUGCCGGUAUUCAGGCGUAUUCCACGUGGAGAAGAAUGGGCGCUACAGCAUCUCGCGGACCGAGGCUGCUGACCUCUGCACGGCUUUCAACAGCACCCUGCCCACGAUGGCCCAGAUGGAGCAAGCCCUGAAAGUCGGGUUUGAGACCUGCAGGUACGGGUUCAUACAAGGGCAUGUAGUGAUUCCCCGGAUUCACCCCAACUCCAUCUGUGCUGCCAACAACACAGGAGUGUACAUCCUCACAUCCAAUACCUCCCAGUAUGACACAUAUUGCUACAAUGCUUCAGCUCCAGUUGGAGAAGAUUGUGCUUCAGUCACAAACUUGACGAAUGCCUUUGAAGGACAAGUCUCCAUAACUAUUGUAAACCGUGAUGGCACCCGCUAUAUGCAGAAAGGAGAAUAUAGAACUAACCCUAAUGACAUCAACCCCAGCAGUGCUCCUGAUGAAGACAUAAGCAGUGGCUCCUCCAGCGAAAGAAGCACUUCAGGAGGUUACAUAUUCCACACCCAGCUGCCAACUACACACCCAACUCAAGACCAAGACGGACCCUGGGUGUCUCAUUACCCAGAGAACACCCAGGCUAUGACUUUGAUGGGCACUAGUGAUUCAACUUCCAAAACAACAGCCAAGAGACAAGGCGCCCAAGAUUGGUUUUCUUGGUGGUUUCAGCCCACAGAGGACAGGAAUCAUCUUCACACAACAACAAAUAUGGCUGGUGCAAAUUCAAAUAUCACCCUAGCAGGCCGGGACCCCAUUGAAGAAAAUGAAGAUGAAAGAGAUAAACACCCCAGUUAUUCCGGAUCAGGCAUUGAUGAUGAUGAAGAUUUUGUCUCCAGUACCAUUUCAACCACAACACGGCUUUUUAACUACCCAAAUCAGAAACCAGAUUGGACUCACUGGAACCCAGAUCAAUCAAAUUCAGAUGUAUUACCUCAGACAACCACAAGGAUGAAUGAUGUUAACAGAAGUGGUACCAGUGCUUCUGGAGAAAACUGGACCCAGGAAACACAUCCACCUCUCAUUCACCAUGAGCAUCAUGAUGAAGAGGAUACCCAGCAUUCUACAAGCACAACCCAAGAAACCCCUAGUAGUGCUACGGAGGAAACAGCUACCCACACAGAGCAGUUUGAGAAUGGAUGGCCCGGGGAGUAUCCCCAGAUGCCAAAAGAAGACUCUCACUCAACACCAGGGACAACUGCAGCCUCAGCCCAUGACAACCACCCAGAUCAAAGAAUGACAACACAGAAUCCAGAGGAUAGUUCCUGGACAGAUUUCUUCGACCCAAUCUCACAUCCAAUGGGACAAGGUCAUCAAACUGAAAACAGCAUGGAUAUGGACUCCAGUCAUAGUACAACGCUUCAACCUUCUGCAGAUCCAAAUGUAAAUUUGGUGGAAGAUUUAAACAGGAAAGAAACACUUUCCAUCACAACUCAGCAGAAUCCUGCUCAGAGCUUCUCCACAUCACAUAGUGUCUUGGAAGAAGAUAAAGACUAUCAAGUGACUUCUGCUCCAACAUUUAGCACUAAUAAUGAUGGUAAAGAUAGAUGGGAAGGUGAAAAUCAUCCUCAAGAUUCAACUACUUCUCUGGAAGGUUACACGUCUCAUUCCUCAGACACAAAGGAACACGGGACCCUUGUCCCAGUGAGCCGUGCUGAGACUGUGGCCCCUGAAGUGACUGAAGUUAGUAUUGUUGGAGAUGUCAACUCUAAUGUUGAUGGUUCUGUAUCAGGGGAUCAUGACGACUCAUCCUCUGACUAUGACUCCCAUGGCAAGUCCCACACUACUGAUGGAUCUCAGUCAGCUGGACAUGCAAGUGGGAGUCAAGGAGGUGAUGUAAACCCAACCUCAAGUCCUAAGAGAAAGCCUCAAAUUCCAGAAUGGCUGAUAAUCUUGGCAUCCCUCUUGGCCCUGGCUUUGAUUCUCGCAGUUUGCAUUGCUGUCAACAGUCGAAGAAGGUGUGGACAAAAGAAGAAGUUGGUGAUUAACAAUGGCAACGGAGCCGUGGAGGAUAGGAAACCAAGUGGACUCAAUGGAGAAGCCAGCAAGUCUCAAGAGAUGGUGCACUUGGUGAACAAGGAACCGUCAGAGACUCCAGACCAGUUUAUGACAGCCGAUGAGACACGGAAUCUGCAGAAUGUGGAUAUGAAGAUUGGGGUGUAACCUUCACUAUAACCUUAGAAACAAAUGACAGUCAGACACAUUACCAUUACAGGGAGCUGGGACACUUCACAGAUGCAAUGUGCUACUGAUUAUUUGGGGGAUCUUUUUUUAGCAUAAAUUUUUUACUCCUUUUUGUUUUUUUUUAUAUUUUCAAGUCAGGUCCAUUUUAUAAAAACAGCAUUGCUUUCUGGAAUGAAGGCCCAAUUAAUAAUUGGCAGGAAUUUGCAGUUCCAGUUCCCACCUAGAAGCCUCUCACCCUGGGGUGCACUAUGGGAUGGCUUCUAACUAAAGCCACAGAAACAUCUCCCCCUUUCUCAUCCUCAACUCUCCUUCCAUUUCACCUCCCGAAUUCCAACUGCUUGCUAAGAACAUUCCUCAGGACUAAAAGCAGUUAGUCCCCGGGAUGAAGUUUGAAUGAGUGAGUGCGUAUUGUCUCUUCAGCAACCUGAGCCCUGAACAUCACUUUCCAGUGAUGAGGGGUUGGGGUGUACUGAUUACACAACCACUUCUACAGACCCCCCUGAAAAUUUUUCAGUUGCUUCUGGGAGAUACCCAAAGGGUAAAGCUAUUUAUCUGUAGUAAGCUAUUUAUCUGUGUUUUUGAAAUAUAAAACCCUGGAAGAUUUUUAUAAUUAUGAUAUUUCUUGUUGCCUUGUCAGAGGCAUACAAGAAUUUAAACCCAUUCAGAAUAAACAUCUGUAUUUCUUCCACCAUAAA